AUGCCUCUCACUGGUGUGAAGAAUGUUGUAUUGGUCCUUUCCGGUAAAGGAGGUGUGGGCAAAUCCUCCGUCACCCUCCAACUCGCCCUCGCGCUCUCGCUCCAAGGCAAAUCCGUCGGAAUCCUCGACAUCGACCUGACAGGACCCUCAAUGCCACGGCUAGUCGGACUCGAGGAUGCAAAGAUCACACAAGCGCCAGGUGGAUGGAUGCCAGUACCUGUUCAUGGGGCUGAACCCGCAGUUGAAUCCGACGCCUCGGCGCCCUCAACACAGCCCAAACGCGGUUCCCUCCGCUGUAUGUCCCUGGGUUUCCUCCUGCGCGAUCGCGGCGACGCCGUAAUCUGGCGCGGACCAAAGAAAACAGCUAUGAUCCGCCAAUUCCUAUCAGAUGUCUUCUGGGGCCCCACUGAUUACCUGCUCAUCGAUACGCCUCCCGGAACGAGUGACGAGCACAUCGCGUUGGCUGAGCAGCUCCUCACGCUCUCUACCACAGACGCGGCGGCCGCUGCGCAGGUAGGCUUGCCUCGACUUGCUGGUGCGGUACUUGUUACGACACCGCAGGCUGUAGCGACAUCGGACGUUCGCAAAGAGGCAAACUUCUGCGUUAAAACUAAGAUCCCUGUGCUGGGAGUUAUCGAGAAUAUGUCCGGAUAUUCUUGUCCAUGCUGUGGGGAGGUUAGCAAUCUGUUCUCCAGUGGGGGAGGACAGGUUAUGGCCCAGGAAUUAGGUCUGCCAUUUAUGGGCAGCGUGCCUAUCGAUGUGAAAUUCGGAGAACUGGUUGAAGGAAAGAUGGAGGCUGGGGAUAGUGAUGAGGAUGAUGAGGAGAGCCCAGAGAUUCAAUCACAAGACACUCCCGCUGAGCCUGAUGAUCGGCCGCUCGUUGAACGAUACCGGGAUACCUGGUCUUAUCCUCGGUUUGAGGGAUUCGCGCAGACCCUUAUAAGUGGCAUUGAGGGCCCGACCGCCGUGUAG